AGGCAAAAUGGAGGAGGUGGACAACAUUAUUAUCCAUACAUUCAGGCAGAUCGGCUGGUAAGAAUACGCUAUACACAGUGUUUGGCUGUCCUCUAGUCGUAAUUAGACAUCUUAAGGUAGUUUUUCUCUAAAAUGAAGUGGAAACGGAACGUUUUGUAGCGUUAUCGUGGCCAGGGGAGAUUUGCAAUUCAUACCCUCUUCUCUUGCCGUAUUGAGGUCUUUUGAUAUCCUCUCUCGAAAAAGUUUUGUGACGCUUAGAUUUGUCUCGUUUAGCAAACCGUUUUUAAACACACAAACAAAGUACAGUACCAAAGGAGCGUAUUCAUGGAGCAUUUUUGGUUAAGAGUGGUUAAACUCCACUAAGAUUUGUUGUUAAUUAAUCCUCUUCUUCUCAAAAUACUAGUGACAUCCCUGAAGAUGUCUCAAGCUUGAGAGAGUUUACGACAGCCAUGAUUGUUGGUGCAACAUCCAAAUGUCUUCGUAUGAUCAAAGAUGAUCUGCAGAUUCCUUCAGUGUUGCCUGCUAGCAUGUCAUCCAAGUUUAGGUUGGGGACAACCUUAGCUACAGCUUGUCAGGUAGGUCUUUUGAUGUGAAAAGAAAGCUGUGAACAAUGGACUGCAAGACAAUGGAUGUAUAUACUGACAGAAGGCAUAAGAAUGAUUUAUUGAAUUGGCUGGGUACCAGACAUUUGGGUGGGACAAACUGCAAGGGUCUUAAAAACAUAACUGAUGAAAAUGUGAUGGACAAAAUUCUGCAAGGAAGUACAAACUCAGUGGUAUUGCCAGCACCCUACACAUGUACCCAGUCAUGUCUUGUGUUCUGUCCUCAUCAGCAACUAGCCAUACCGCUUACUUUGGUACAGUGGAGGUUCAGGGGGCGGUACUACCUAUAAUGGCCUAUACAGGGAGGCUCCACCCAAAAGGGGUACCUUUUUCAGGCUUCAGGUAUAUGAAAGGGUACGGAUUUUACUCGUUGAAGUAUAUGAAAGGGCAGGGGAAUCUGUCAUUUGGGUCUGUGAAAGGGCCUAAAGGGCUGAACAGAUGAAUUUUAUGGCGUUAUAAAGUCGGGAAAACAUUCUAUUUUUGUUAUUGAUUCCUAUUUAAAUGACAGUGCAUUUACAGCAGUUAAAAGGAAUGAAAAGUUCUAAACAAGGUAUGUGAAAGGGGCAUCACUUCUCAAUAGAAAGUAUACAAAAGGGGUACCUUUUUCGUGAAAAACAGUAUAUAAGAGGGUAAGGGGUUGGACCUCGGGGCUGAGCCUCCCGGUAUAAAAAUUUGGAGGGUAAAAUUCAGACUAGUGACAUCGCCUUGAAACAGUGACAUAAGACAGACGAUUUGCAACAGUGACAGGGAAAACUGCAAAUACAAUAGUAAACUAGCGAAAACAACAUGACUUCCUCUUCAGUACUUCAGAUGAAAAUUCAGAUUAAGAACAUUGGGAGCCCCACUAAGAAGUCCUCACUGUGGACUUUCUUGCUAUGUAAGUGUGGCCACAGCCACUUUCUGUCAUUAUAGUUCAUCCUCUGCACCUUUUAUAUGUUACUGUCGACGUGACUAGACCAGUGGCUGUUCAACUAUGAGCAUAUGACGAACCAUCUGCUGUGUGACUUAUUUCGUUGUAGGAAGUGGGUUAUCGUGGGGAAAUAGGAUACCAAACAUUCCUUUACUCCAAUGAAGCAGACAUCAGGAAGUUGUUCAUGUUUUUAGUGGAGAAUCUUCCAAAAGAGAGUUCAGAAUCAGCAAGCGAGCCAGCGAUGGGUAAGUUUAACAGACUAUCUGCCAACCACACUUUUUCACGGAAGUGUUUUUCUAGGACAUUUAACUCUUUGAUGAUCAAAGAACACUUGAUCUGGUCUGUAAAAUGUUCAUUGGGGGCGAGCAUGUGGACCUGAUGCAACAUAAAGCAACUCUGGUAACUCUGGAAGAGGUAACCUCCCCAACAAAACCUGUCUCCAGGUGCUUGGAGAGCAGAAGGACCUGCAAACAAAAUUUUGAAAAAUAUAUAUGAUGAAGACCACAAUGAAAAAGAAAACAAACAAACAACACUCAACCAAGGGACUGGAGUGCAAUGCCAUAACGAUUCUUUUAUGUUGCUCAUUAAAAAAUCUUCCCUUAUAAAGAAAUGAUAUAUUCAGUAGGAAAUGGAGUAAAUGUUUUCAAGGUCAUUUGUGUCACAGUAAAGAUGCACUGAAGCAAAAUAAAUUAAAGAACAUCUCUGUGUAAAUGUUAACUUUCUUAUAAGUUGCCUAAGAAUUUGAGUCUUUUUUAAUAUAUAUAUUUCACAUUCUUUUGGGGAUUCUGAGAUGACAUAUUUUCCUCUGUCCAUAUUGGUAUUGUUGUUGCCUUCAUUCACAGGUUCAGCUGUGAUGCUCAAUAGAAGGAUAGCUGCCGAGUUGUCAAAGAGACUUGCUAAGCCUUGGACGCCUUCUUUCUGUAAGAAAGACAACAUUAGCUGGACUGGAACUAAACCUCGAGCCUGGCAUAAGGAGGUGGGUGAGAAAAGCACUAGCAAAAUGAACUACCUUCUCAAUACCUUCUUGUGCCUUCUGGUAUGAGUACAAAUAGUGCGAUACUAAACGCACAGUGAUGAAAUAAUAAAGGAACUUACAGUUAUAUCCCUAACAUUCAUCAGAAUUAAUGAAUUUGUUGUGUAACUUAAAAAUGGUUACAUUAACUUCAAACUAUUAUCUUGAUUUGCAGGGAACCAGAUGUGUCAGAAGGUUUCAUGCAUGCCCUUUGAGAAUCCCAGAAGGUUUGGGAGAUUUAACCAAGAAAAUACCCAAAGGUAAUUUACUGUCCAGUCUUCGAUACAAAAGUAUUAGUAUUUUAUCAAAUUUUCAACUAAUCAAAAACACUAUGCAGAUCUGGGUAGUGACCAGUCAUCAAUAUUCGUCAGACAUCAUUUUGCUAGGAAACCAGUAACUGUUGUGACGUCACAAAAUGUUGGCUGUUUUCUCAGGCAAGAUAAGCACAUUAUAUUUUUUUAAUGUGCUCAGAAAAUGUUGUCUGUAGUGAUCCAUUAACAGUAGAGAGAUCCUUAUCUUAUUUUCCAUGCUUAGCAGAUUCCAUGUGAUAUCCUACUGGUAUUGAUGGUACAGAUCACAAUCUCCAAUUUUUUCCUUCAAAAGAAACCAGUAGAACCUGUUAUGUUACAGAAUGUUUCUGAUAUAUUUUCCUUGUUUUUUGCUUGUGUAUGCAGAUGUUAAGGCAUAUUAUGGAACUUCCUUGCCUUUUAUCACAAGUCAGCCAGCCUGUCGUCAAGAUGUAGCCCCAUCUGUGCUUGAAGAAAAUGCGAUAGCAGUCACCUUAGCAAAUGAGUGGGAGAACGAGUGGAAUCAGAGUGGACUGGCAUCACGACUCUCUAAAGAGGUAUGCAGUGAUACCGGUAUAUAACAUUGUGAGCCAACUUUGUUUGUGUGGAAAACUACAGUGAAUUGAUGAUCUUACUACAUUGGAGACAAAAAAAGUAACAUGGGCUCUAUUUCAGGAUUAACAGUUACCAGACACUAAAAUUCAUGGCUAAUCCUUAUUUCAUUUUUUGUUAAAUACUAAAAACAAUAGAGCCAUACAAAAGCUCAGCUCACAAGGUUUCAUUUGAAUGGUCACACCUUAGGAUUUCAUCCAUUUACUCAGAAACUGCAAUAGAUCUACACACAAAACAAAUAGCACCAUGUGAAAGAACCACUGAGGAGUUUUCAUUUAAAUGGUAACACCACAUUACUUCAUCCACUGACUAUGAUGUGGAAAACGAGUGGUACAAUGUGAAAGUACGGCUGAAGAGGUUUCAUUUGAAUGGUCACACCCUUGGAUUUUUUAUGACAGAAGUACAUAAUUAGAGUCCUUUCAAUAACAUUGUAUUAUUAAUUAUUAAUUGUCGUGUUAAUUUGGCAAAGGAAUACCUGGCUCAGAAGAGAGAGCGUCUGGAAAAGAAGAUCAAGCAACAUCUACAGAGUGAGCUACAACGAGCAAACUUGAAUGCUGUUGCUAAUGCUGACCUCAGUGAUAUUGUAUCAUCUCUUUCUGGUAAGGAGUUGUUGUACUUCCAAGACCACCCUAACAAAUAGGUGAUGAGAAUAAAAGGGAAUAUUUAUUAUUUAUUUAAUUGAAGUAACUUACAAAUGCCUGCUGCCUCUGUGCAGGCAGGAUACUUUGUCAUCAACUAUUUAUUUUUAUUUUUUAUUUAUUUUAUUUUAUUUGCCACACUAAUUACAAAAAAUAUAGGAAAAGAAGAAGAAUCAAUUGAAGAGAAGAAGGCGAAAAAGUCGAAGAUGGAAAGAUUUAUAAACUGUUUUCAUACUUACUCAAUAAUUUAAUCUUCAGUUUUUUUUCUAAAAAGAGGAGAGGGAUUGAGAGUUGAUGAUCUUGUUGUCAAGUGAAUUAAAAACUUAGGCCCUUGAAAAAAGGGCGAGAACUUCUUCGUGUUUGUACGACAAUACGGUAGACGGUAGGCCUGGGAAUUUCUUGUAUUGUAAGAGUGGAAUUGAUUGCUUUGAGAGAAAUUGUUAUUAAACUUUGGAGGUAAGAAUGAAUUUUUGCAAGAAUACAUAAAUUGGCCCAGUUGAAGCAAAUGGAUAUCAUUAAAUUUUAGCAUACCGUAAUAUCAUUAAAUUUUAGUAUAACUAGCAGAUAUUUACUAACAAAGGUAAAUAGACUUUUACUGCACUUAACCUCAAAGAGAAAUAUUAUUAUUAAUUCUCACUAUUUUUACCUGAUUUUCUAAUUUUUUUUAAAAUCCAAGAUGGUGGCCAAGAUGGCGACCAUGUUUGGUGACAUCACAGACCUCCAGCAGUGCCACCACCCAUAAAAUAUACCCCAUCUUGUAGAGAAGAUCAAAGGCUUUCCACUGAAGGCAAAACCAUUUCAAAAUACUGCAACAUAUCAAAAAGUCAAGGGGGGUCCAUCAACCCCCCCCCGCCCCCUUGUACCACUGUGGGGGUAUGACUUUGCACGUACGUUCGAGGGUUAAGUUGUCUUAAUAUAUGAUUUUAGGCAUUUUUUUCAUUUCAACACAUGUACCACACAACCCCCCUUCGGACCCCUUCAAUAAUCAAUUGGCAUGAGUCUGAAAUUUUGUAGGUUCUUUUGUUAAGCUCCUUAAAGGUUUUUUAGAAAACUGAUUUGCCUGACUUUUAGACAAAGCAUCAGGAGCUGCUGCACCAUCCAAAGGGUCUCGCUUUACUCGAACAGAACAACUUCAGUUUGCCCAGGUGAGUUUGAUCAAUGGAUGUUAAUUCAUAUUGAUAUGUUAAUGCAAUCUGUCAUACUAGUAUUAUUAAUUUGGUUGUAAGGAAGGAGGUGCAAGAACGGGGGGGGGGGGGGUAAUUGACAUGUUAUCGUCCGCAGAGGGAGUAGGAGUUGAAGGAGCUGUUUCAUAAAAUUUUAUUAAAAUUCAAAUAGUGGGAGAUGACGCCAAGUUGAGUGACAUUAAAAUAAGGGCUCAAAACAUUCAAAGAAGGUAUAAAUAACACAGCUAAUGAAAAAGAAAGCACAGAUGGACAAACUUGAAGCAGAUUAAAAUGGAUCACAAUCGCAGUUUUUUAAAAAACUUGUUAGCCUAACAGUCACUCAAAGUUCAUUUUUGUUGUUUGUUUGAUAUAAUGUGUUAGAAGAGAUACUUGUUUGAUGCGUAGCUGUGAUUUUAUCACUUACAAGAAAAGUCCUUACAAACGUCAAGUUCCUUAGUGAAAAAGGAUGGGUUAUAGGCUAUAGUAGCUACACAGGAGUAAUACAGCCCUUGUCAUAGUAAUUUGUUAUCUUCAAUUCAUUGCUGUUUGUUUGUUAGGAUGAAGAAAAGACAGCAGCCAUGGCAGGUUUGAGUGAAGAAGGACCUCCUAAAGUAGAUACUGAAGAGGUAAGAUGACCAGCGCCAAUUGGAAACUGAGUCCAUGGCUUUCACUGUUGAUGCAGUGACUGAUGCAUUUGAGUAUCAUGCGAAGGAAGUGGAUAGAAGAGAUGAAGAAAUAAAUGUUAUGUUUGCUGUUAUGAAGUAAGCUUCUGUCAGGGAAGGGGGCAGUGGAGAAAUUUGUCAUGAGAAAGGCAUUCUGUUAAGAGGUUAAUCAAGGGCUUGGACUUUGAAUUAAACUGUUAUUUCGGCAUUGAGAAAGCCUUUAUACCUUAGCCUGAAAUCACUUCUGUGUUAAAAUGUAAAAUUCCUUCAUUUUUAUGUUAUCAGGAGAUGAGGAAGAAGAGAGAAGAAGAACUAGAUGCCCUUCAAUCCAAACUCAGUGAAAUGAAUGCAUCAAUUGAGCAAAAUGAGUUAGAAAUCAAAAAAUCUUUAGCGGAAAUACAACAGGUGUGUUUACCUUUUUUCACUUGUAAUAUAUCGCAACGGAAUUAACUUAUUACCGUAAGGUUUGCUUGGUGUUACAAAACUGUUUACCACUGUAAUGUUGGAAAUUGUUUUUCUUCUAGACAAACGAACAAAUAUCCAACAAAAAAUCCAAGAAUGUUGAGCAGGAGGAGAUUUACAAAGUAAAGAAAAGGACUAUUGACUUGCUCCCUGACGCGGAAAAUAACAUUGAUAAGCUUCAGGUAAUAUAGACUGGAAAGAAAAAUUGCUUCUAUUUUGUCUGACGGCACUUCUAGCUAUGGUAAAAUGGGCAACAGAAGUGUGCAACCUGUUUUGCAACAUUUCCUGCAAAAAUUGAAAAGUAAUAUAACGUUUUAGGGGGUCCUGGGGUGACCGUGACCCCCCUUGGUAGGCCUUCUUUUGAGCAAACUUUCGCCAACUGCUCUUGUCUUUAGUUAAUAUGGGCCUUCAUGCUGCGAUAAUACGACUGAGCCCGCUGAUACACAAGGGAGAGCAGCGGUAUAAACCAUAUAUAGUCGGCGAUCCCCGGAUGGUGUCCCUGUCUGUGAUCCCCCCUUUGAAAAAAAUCCUGGCUACGCCCCUGCGUAAUGAUAUCAAACAUUCCAAUAGAAAAGCUUCCUUGUCAUGUGUUCCCAAUUCUUAAUACGUGCAUUAUCGGAGGUCAAGUAAUCUUGUUUUUAAACACUUAAAAGACCUGACGUAACGUUUUAGUUUUAAAGAUAUGUUUCAGAUACUUAUGUUCUUUUCACCGUGUAACACUUACCAAGGAAGAAGGCGGUCAAUGCACAUAUUUUGAGGCAUUGCUUUCUUCUCCUUAAAAAUCUUUGUGCUGUUCUCGGCACUACGUACAAGUGGUGGUUUUAAAACUCUCAUUUCACAAACUUUGUUUUUAUCAUUCAGAGUGUGGUGGAUGCCAGUGCACAACGACUUGUUAGCUUGGCACAGCAGUGGGAGAAACACAGGGCACCUUUGAUAGAGCAGUACAGAGAACUGAAGCAGCUUAAUGCUAACAGAGUGGUAAGUCUGUGAGAAACACAGGUCACCUUUGAAAAAGCAGUACAGAGAACCGAAGUGGCUUAGUGCUAAUAGAAUGGUGCAAUGUAGGUCUGUGGAAUCCGUGGUCCGCCCACCAUGUGUGGUAAGAUCGUUCUUAAUUCGAGUGUAUUUUUUUACUCUUUGUGUUUCUUGUUCUUAGUCGGAAGCUCAAAAGCAGCUGGAAGAGAUAAAGUCUCUUCGAGAAAAAAUGAAAGAAGUUGCAGAUGAGGCACGAGGGAAGGAAGACAUUUACAAACAACUGGUAAUGUUUGCUUACUUUAUCCAAUAUAUCUGGUCAAGUUACAGUUAUGAAUGCUCGUAGCUUCAAAGUUAUACAUGAAGGCUGCAUUGGUCACAGAGUUUUAAGACGGUACCUGCCUAGCUGCCUAACACGGUGAAUAGUUAGACUUGCUUUAAGUCGACCUGUCAUUAGUCUGCUACACAGCCGUUUUUAGAGUCGUCACGCAAUGCUCCUCCCCAGCGUUGCGUGACGACACUAAAAACGGCUGUGUAGCAGACUAACCUGUCAUAAGUUCUCAAAAUAUUUCAAAACUGAGAAGCCAUGUUUGUUUUAUUUUUGCGUGGAAGUCGCUCGGAUUUUAAAGCUCGCGCCGUACUAGUGCUCAUGCUGCACACGGCCAAUUUACUCUAGAGAGCCGCCUUAACUCUAGUGAAUACAUAUUGCCACUCUCAUCAUGUGAUUGGGAUACCUGUGGUUUGGAUUCCAUUUAAGGAUGACAGAUGUUGAAAGUUGAGCUCUGUGCAAAGCGUGGCAUAUUGAAGAACUUUGUAUUCCGACUUACAUCAUCCACUUUGUUUUUCAGCUGCUGGAACUUGGUAACUACAUAGCUUUAGAUAUUUCUGCUCAAAUUUUUCAGGUUGUUGAGUACGAGACUAUGAGAAAGGAUGUGAAUAGAUCAGCGUACACUCGCCGAAUACUGGAAAUUGUGGGAAAUAUCAAGAAACAAAAAGAGGAGAUAAACUUUUAAUUUUUAGUGCUUUUAGUUUUAAUUCUUUAGGGGCUGUGUCCGGUGCAGUUCAUUUUAGUGAUAAUUCUGUUGUAUGGACAAAACAGAGAUCCGAGACAAACUCAAUGAUUUUUUUGACUUGAAAAUUUUGAACAGUUUUUAUUUUAAUCCGUUGCCAUCUUUAGUUUUAAUGGCAUCUGUUGUUUCUGGUUAUUUUAAUCUUAGUUUAUCAGUGACAAUAAAUGAGCUUUAAAACUCAAACUCAAAUUUUAUUUAUGCUAUAUUAAAACAAUCUUAAAUGACAGAAACUAACUCGUAAAGUAAAACUCCAAAUCAGCUUCAAUCUCUUCAGUCAGCGAGUUGUGAGCCGAUUCCUGCUAGCCUGUCUUUGUUAGCUAGGUUUUUAAACUGUUUAAGGUUUGCUUAUCAUAUUGCGUCUCGUCUAAGUGGAAUCCCUGAGGGUCAGUUUAGUCGGUAGAGGGCUGGCUUGUGGAGCAAGAUGUCGUGGGUUUGAUUCUCGAAAACGGACCGAUACUCAUGUCCCAGGUUCUUAACUGGGAAAGAACGUAUUACCUUUGUCUUGCAGCUGCCUCGACCUUCGCCUAGCCUGGGUUGACCACGUAAAUAUGGUGCGCGGUCCCAUCUUGGGCAGGCCACGAAAAUUAGUUUCGACUUAGUGCUAAAUACAUUGAGUACACUGAAGGAAACAAAUGUGAGUGUUUUGUUCUGAAGUUGCUCGUUAGUUUACGCAUGUGUUUGACAGUAGUUUGUGUUUUACAUGGCAGAUUUUGAUCGACACCAAAGAUGUGCAAAAAGAAAUCAACCAACUUUCGGGAAAACUGGACAGAACAUUUGCUGUAACAGAUGAACUCAUCUUCAGGGUUUGUUUUUAAAGUGUCAGCUUAAUGUUUCAGAAAAGAGCUUUUUUAUUUCUAUAAGUCACGCAGGUAAAUCCAUCAUUUUUUAAAAUAACAAGCCUGGCAGGAAAUUCAGAGUUUUGCAGUAACGUAAAAUAAUCUCUUGCAAAUAUUGAAGCCCUCGUACCCAUAAUACGCAGAAUGCGCACCACUUGCCAGGCUGGUGCUAGCCUGCGUGGCAGGCGUUAAAAGGGGAAGGGGAAGAGGAAGGGGAAGGGGGGAUUUGGGCGUGCGAGAGCGCGUGGGGCGCUCCUCCCUCGCGCGUGGUCUCGCGCCCUAAUUCCCUUCCCCUUCCCUUUCGAACGCCCCCCAUGCAGACCAGGCUGGUGCACAUUCUUCGUACGGGACCAUAAAUCCCGCAUCAGGACUUACACAGUUGUACUUAAAGCACAUUCUCUACCUAAUCCCCGGAACAAAGUGCCUAUGUACUAGGAAUAGAUUAUCUAAGUAUGAUAAGCUCGCAGUCACUUCGUUUCCGAUAUUUUCUUGCUCAGGAUGCUAAGAAGGACGAGUCUUGCCGCAAAGCGUAUAAAUAUCUAGCCAGUCUUCACGAGGUAUGUCCAUUUAGUUCUAGCUGCUAGCCGACCUACUACAUACCAGCAGUGUUUAUUUAGACAGUCAGUCCACCAUCUGGGUGAGCUCUUCUCGCUGUACCAUUACCUUACCACCAACGACUUUUAGUCCUAUUCUAACGCCGGGCAGUUUGAACUUUGCAAGUCAAAAUGGGAAAAAUAGCAAACACCUUAGUUAUUAUCAAACUGGAAUGUAAAUAGGACGACCGUUUUCCACGGUUACCGGUCGUUUCCGUACCAGUUUAUUCAGUCGACUUGUAAGUUGUUUCACGUACUUGGAUUAAGGAACGAAGAAUAUUCACCCAAAAUGUUUUCUUGUUUACACGCAAGCUAUACUUGAAGUGAUCGAAAUUUUUGUACCAUUUCACUGCUUGUAUUUGUAUCGAAACGACCGGUUACCGUUUUCCACUCAUAAAUUUCCAAAUGCGCUGUCUAAUUUUCAGCCACGACAAUACCUUUUAAUAAACACCUAAAAGCCUACGUGAUCGUUAAUUUCCAGAAUUGCAAGGAACUGAUUAAUUCAGUGGAAGAAACUGGACUCAUCUUGAGAGAAAUACGAGAUUUAGAGGAUCAGGUAUUGUAUGAGACAUAUUGAUACCCAUCCAAAGUAAAACAACACAGUGGAGAAACCUUAUAACGGGACUGUAAAGCAUACAUAUUCUCGCAGUCACGUGGACUAAACUCGGCCUUUUUGAGUGACGCUGGUCAACCGGAAGUGAGGCGUUUUCUCUUUUAAUAGGCUGAUCAAACUACUGGCUUGACCAAUGGCAGAGCGGCAAAUUGGUCACCGGAAGUCGUGUUUAUUCCUUUCCGCGCGCUUUCCCGUCGUCAACUGACGUUCCCGUCCUGUUGCUAAAUCAGCCUAAUAUAUCUUGACGGCUCCAAAUUCGUAACGAGACGACUUGCCCAAAAGUGAAGACAAACCACUGUCAAAUAUUGCCAAAUGUCCUCUUCCGGUUGACAUGCCUCGUUCAACUAAACGUCUUUCCCUAUUACCACAGAUUACUCCAUUUGUGGCGCCUUCUAUUCAACCAAACAAUGUAUUAUUGAAUGGUUGUAGGGCAAAGACAUAUACAGGCCUCCGUCCCUUUUUCCCAGUCGUUGAUCAAUCCACAAGUCGGGCGAAGAAAGAUUCAGAUAUCUCCUUUCCUCCCCCGGGAGAGCAAGAUCAGUGCAAAAACCCCUCUCCCCCAGGGCCAACACUCGCCGGCUUGAAAUUGAUAGGUUUAGUUAACAUCAAUGUUCAUUUUCUUCAGAUUGAAAUGGAAAGUCAGAAAAACACAACAACUAACUUGGAGCGAAUCUCAGCGGACUUAAAACAAAUGAAAGACGAAAACAACACAUUGGCGAAAAAGCUCAAGGCAGCCAAAUGA